AUGAAGAUGGGGAUGCCAAGUGGGGACCCGAGUGGCAGCGAGAAGAGGGAGGGGAAAGGUGAGGGUGAAGACACAGAUAACUCCAAGAAUAGCAGCUCCUCUAUGAUGCUGGGACUGCUUGAUGAGUUCACCAAGAUUUAUUCCGACCGUCUACAGCGGGUCGAGGACACAGCCAUGAAGAAAGAAGGCAAGGAGUAUCUGGAGAACAAGGUGUCGGUGCUGGAGUCUUGGGUGCGUGACCUCGGGGAGCAGAACGCAGUGCUGGUGGCCACGGUGGAGGAGCUGGAGAGGGAGGCUGCCGAAAGAGUGGCUCUGCUGGAGGACCGGCUUACCAAGAUGGCCGCUACCACACGUCAGUCCUGCGUCUCUCUAAGGGACCAUCAAAUACAGGUGUCCUCUCUGGUGAGUGACAAGAUCAGCCUGGAGAAGGAGACCAAGGAGCUGGACGACAAAAUUCACGCCCUGCAGAGGAAGAAACUCGCGCCUCUUGGAAGAAAACGGUGGACUGCAUAGCGACAUCAACAGUCUGAUACAGGUGAUAACUCAUGCCAGAGGAACAGGACAGUGGGAGACAGAUGACCUGACCCUCUCAUUCAUAACUCCAGAACAGCUAUUUGGUCCUGUCCUUUUCCCACUUCCAGGUGAGUUUGUGCCACUUGGACACUAUGGUGGUAAGGACAUGAUGAAGCAU